UUUUGGACGAGUGAAAUUGCACUGCGAAGUGUGACGCGAUCGUCAGAGACGCAGUCCAAAACGGAGCUGACAAACUUUCGCUACGCCUUAAAGAAGCGCUCAAGUUUCUCAAAACAGCCAUUAUCGAACAAUGUACUGCACACAACAACAUGCAGUAACGACGAGUCCAAGCAUGUGGACGAAAAACUUGGGGCCGUCACGCGCGCGGAAUCCAAUAAAGCGAAAAUAGGAACGUUUUUCUCCUCGCAGACAGCUCCACAGAACAGUAUCGUGGCAGUGAGUAGCGGCGGCGGCGAUGCAUCAACUUCUGGUGGACGUUCAUUGCUGAAACAUGUGUUUCGCCUGGAGAACUCGUCAAAUGCAUCACCGUCGGCGCCGGACAAGAGCAACGGUAGCACGAGGAAAGCAGGAACGGAGCAUGCGAUGAGCGCGCUUGCACACUGUCGAGCUUUCACACCACUGGAACAACGCAAAAUCACUUCAAGCCAGUCUGCUUUUGCACUGUCGUCUACAUCUUCAUCGGCGUCAACGCAGUGCGAUUCCCUGGAGCCUCCGGCGCCACCACCAUUCUCAUCGGAUGCGGGCGGAGGAGCACGAGGAGUCGGUUCGAAACCAGCGGUGAAGCCGAAACCAUUAGCACUGAGACGUGAACGAAGUGAUCUGAGUGGCGUAGGUGUGGCUCGCAUUGCUGCUCAUUAUAUGGAUUAUGGCUCAAGCGCGGUUGGCAUUCGACGAGCUUUGGUGCCGCCGUCGGCAUGCCUGGACGAAAGCAUCUUGCGUAAUUGUCUGGAAGAGUUGAAAAAGAAAAGGCAGGAAGCGAGUUCGGAGACGGCAGAUCCCCGGUCUUGCCAGCAGCAGAAGGAAGAGCGGAAUCUGGGUGAAGCAUUCGGUGAGAAUAGUUUUGGCAAUGCGAAUGUUGUUUUGAGGACACGCCCCAGUGAAAGUUUUCGCACAGAUCAGCGUCGUUUAUCGGUGCCUAAUUUGGCAGACUUGACACACAGCGCACUGACGAGUGGUUUAAAUAACGGUGUUGUUGCGGCAGCCAAAGCUUUGACAUCGAAGCUUGGUAGAAACCCAGGGACAGGCGAGCUACAGCGAUUUGCUGAAAAUUUGAUUUCUUUCACUCGGAAUGACUUUCAGACGAUAAAUGAAGGACUGGUCACCCCAGUAGUGCGCCGAAAGCAAUAUAUGAAGGAUGCGCAAACUUAUGACAUAACAAAUAACUGGAGUCCAAGUUUGCUGCAAAAACCGUCACCACCUUACAAGAAGAUUGCGAAACAAACGCAACAACAAGAGCGUUUGAGAUCCGGCGCUCACAGCGGCGUCACCGAACAAAUAUUCACAAGAAAGUCAGUUUUUUUUUUCUCGCAUAUUGGAGUCGUUUUUUUGCCAAGGCUUAUUUUAUUAGCUUUUUAUUUUGCAAUGAAUUUAAACGCGGAAUUGCCAGUAACUGGAGUAAAAACGCUUUUACGAAAUUUUUGCAAGGCAUUUGGCACUGUUUUUCGCCUUUUGGAUGCAGAAUGA